GUGUACAGCUUCGUCUCCGCCGCACCGGUGGAGCACGUGAGCGGGUGAGCUAGCUAGCCUUCUUUUCGCUCCCCUCUUCUCCCUCCCUCCCUCUCUUCCGGUGUUCUCCUACGUGAGCAGUGUUUUUUCACUCCUAGGUAGUUGGAUCAUACCAGUUGAUUAUUCUGUCGUCUGUGCCGCAAUUAGCGGUGGUUAGCCUCAACAAAAAACGCCAGCCGUUCGUUCGAUCAGAUAUGCCAUCAGGAUUCGAAACUCUGUGUGCUUGCCAUUCGCAUCUGGUUGCUGUUUAUGUUGAAGACACUCCAAAUUUCAAAAGAUAAAAACAUGGAUGACACAACCAGACAGGCAGGCAGGCAGUCACACCUCCCCUCUCCUCUUCUCUUUUCCCUGGCCUGGCUUCCCUCCACCUGACUAUAAUAAGCUCAGCGGAGUCGACAGCCGAAUUCGCCACAUUCCGUCGGUACUAGCUAGCAGGCGGCAAGAUCCAGGCACCAUCUUUCUGCUGCAGGGGUAGGCUUGGCAGGCAGGCGCCAGAGAUCUCUCGGUUCCCGUGCCAAUGCAGCUCUUCCAAGGGGAGAAGCCGGCCCACGACUUCCUCUCGCUCCACACCGGAGGAGGCUCGUCGUCGCCGGUGCAGCACUCCACCCAAGGAUACGAUCUGGGGGUGCAAUCUUCGCUGAAGCCUCUGAAGAUGGGCAAGCGGCGCGGCGGCGGCGGCGGCGGCGGCGACGGAGCGAUCGGCAUGGCGCCGUUGGGUCUGGAGGCGGACUCGGAGAAGCAUGCCCUGCCGGGCGGUGUCGGGACGUUCAGCAUCAGGCAGGUGCCAUCGACUACCCAGCCGAGGGGGCAAGGCGUCGUCAGGGAUGCAUUUGCGCCCGUGCUUCAUGGCUCCAGAACGGAGGGCACGCCCGGAGCAGAAUCUGGAGCCAGGGCUCACAGUGGCCCGGCCACAAUGUGGCAAGAUUCGGGCACCGAUCAAAGAUCCAGAGCAACGAGAGGAGAGGGGAGAAGCAGCGGCAGCAGCGGUGAUCAGGGGCCAAGCACUCCGAGAUCGAAGCAUUCCGCGACCGAGCAGCGGAGGAGGACCAAGAUAAAUGACAGGCUUGAAAUACUUCGUGAACUUCUGCCACACGGUGACCAGAAGAGGGACAAAGCGUCUUUCCUUCUCGAGGUUAUCGAAUACAUAAGGUUUUUGCAAGAGAAAGUCCAAAAGUACGAGUCAGGCCACCCACAAAAGAAUCACGAGGAUUCCUCCAUGCCAUGGGCGAAAGUUUACUACAGAUCAUGCUGGAAAAACACAGAGAACAUUAGUCAAGUCCAGGGAGGAGGAUUAUCAGCCCCCACGCAAGAUCUAAACAACGAACAGUACUGUUCCGAGAAAAGUACAGUAGCACCUACUGCUCAUUUCAGCACACAAAGUGCUGGAGAAACUAGUAUAGACGACAUUUCCUCCCAAAAGGCAACAAGCACACCAAAAAACUGGGCAGAUGCAGAUGACAGCACACCUAGCAAACAGCCACCAUGGUUGAGCAUGUCAACCUCUGAUUCAGGCGAUAGAACACUAAGCAAGAAUGAGAACAACACUCUUCAUGAGGAUACUCGUAGUCUUUCUAAUGCUUACUCUCAAGGGUUACUAAACAGAUUGACACAAGCACUAAAAAGGUCGGGAGUAGACCCAUCUCAAGCUAGUAUAUCUGUAGAGAUCAAUAUGGACAAAAGAGAGCCUAGUAACAUGCACGACAAUUUGAAGGUACAUCAGCAAGUUAAAUGCUUACAGAGUUCCUAAACUUACCUCAUAUGGUUUUUUCCC